AUGUCAAGUGAAGCGCAUGUACUCAUCGGGUUCGUCGGCGAGCAAGUUCCUGACGACGACCAGACAGCAGCAGAAGCCCUAAGCAAAUUUGGGGGCCGGCCGGUACGCCUUAGCUUAGCGGAUUCGGUUGUGAACAACUGCGCAAGACAGAAAAGAGCAACCCCAUACUGUGAAAACAAACGAUGCCUCUACCUUUUCGGGUGUCACAAGCAAACGGCCUGCGGAAGGAGACCUGACUGCUGGACAGUGGUAAGAGGCGUUGUAGAACCCCCUGCCACAGCCCAGGCUGAAAAGCAAGUCCGCGAGAAUUCAUCUUACUUCUCAGCGCAAGGUUAUGGCGCAUUUGCCUCCGUGGAACCAUCUGAUUGGCUCCAAGCGGCGUUUGGCUACGGGGCCCGUGCUAGCUCUGGCAAUGACAACUGCUGCCGGAAGAGUGAGGAAGCCUGCGGACCAGAAGCAGCGUCUUCACAAUCAACGGCGCCGGCUGUAGUGCAACAAGCGGCGAGUGAACUGAUGCCGUCUUUCUUUGUUCGCAUUGAGCAUGAACCUCCGGACAAUUCCCAAUUCGACCCCACAGGAGUGCGAGCACGUCAGUUACAGCUGGAGUACGAACAGCGAAACAGCAUCGCUGAGGCGGAAGCAUAUGAAGAAAGCCCGGACAAGGUUUUUCUCAAGCUACAGAAACGCCUAUCUAGGAGCCCUAAGCAGGCGAUCCGGUACAGCUUUGGAGGGAAGCCUCUGUUCAUUUAUCCCGUACCAAAAGGAGAAGCAGCAGUUCCUCCUUGCCCUCAUUGCGGCAGCGAUCGAGUGUUCGAAAUGCAACUUGUUCCAGCUGCAGCUGAAGAAAUUGAAAAACGACGUCAUUCGGCCGGGGCAGCGCCUGUCGAGUGGGGAACUGUGGCUGUUUUUACAUGUAGGAAGGACUGCACUCCUACUGCCAUUUACACCGUCGAGCACGUCAUUGUGCAGGAAAUAUUAUGA